AUGGUUUCUGUAAAUUCUGAGGCUAUUUUUGUGGGAGCCAACAAACAAACUCAAGUUAGCGAUUACAAUAAGAAAAAGCAAACAUUAGCAUUCGGUGCAGGUAAUCAUAUUGCUUUAUGGAAUCCAACAAAUCCAGAGUUUAAUGGUGUACAUUGUACAUUAAAGGGACAUUGUUCAGAGGUUACAUGCGUUAAAUUUAUUCCAAACUCGGAAUACCUGGUAUCUGCUUCCGAAGAUUUCCAUGUCAAGAUUUGGAAGUUUUUGGAUAACAACGAUGUUGAAUGUGUACAAACUAUUACAGAACAUAAUAGUACAAUAGUUACGUUAUCGGUAUUGGAUAAUUUGAUUGCUAUCGGUUGUGCAGAUGGCUCUGUGUCGAUUUGGGUUAGAAAUUCAAAUUACACCAACGGCAACGAACAUUUUAAAUUUGGAUAUAAUUUAGAUGUUCAAAAGGGGGUUUAUCCAUUAACUUUGGCACUAUCUAAUAUAUCUGCGAAUAAAUAUUUAUUGGCUUUAGGCGGUACUUCUGUACAUAUAUUUGUGCAUUCUUUUUCCCUGGAGAAUGAUAUAAUCUUGAAUUGUCAUCAAGUUGCCAAAUUAGAAGGCCAUGAAGAUUGGGUAAAAUCUUUAGCAUUCCGUUAUCAGGAAACUCCAGGCGACUACUUCUUAGCAUCAGGUUCUCAAGAUAGAUACAUAAGAGUUUGGAGAAUAAGAACAAAUGAUUUAAUAGAUAAUUACGAUGAAGAUCAAACAAAAUUAACAUUAUUGAGUAAUAAACAAUAUAAAUUCCAGUACGAUCAAAAUCUAAAAGUUGCGAUAAAUUUUGAAGCAUUAAUAAUGGGCCAUGAUGAUUGGAUUUCUUCCUUACAAUGGCAUGAAUCUCGUUUAGAAUUAUUAGCAGCAACAGCAGAUACCUCCAUAAUGGUCUGGGCUCCUGAUGAGGCAUCUGGUAUUUGGGUUUGUGCCUCUAGAUUAGGUGAAAUAUCCUCAAAGGGUGCAUCGACUGCUACAGGAUCAACAGGUGGUUUUUGGUCAUGUGUUUGGUUCUCUAACAAUGACGUCGACUAUAUAUUAACCAACGGUAAAACAGGUUCAUGGAGAGUAUGGGAAACCAAAGAUAGAACUUUUUGGCAUCCCUCACUUGGUAUAUCUGGACCUGCAAUGGAAGCUACGGAUCUUUCUUGGUCUUCAAACGGUGAUUAUUUACUUGCUACAUCUCUUGAUCAAACAACAAGAUUGUUUGCUCCAUGGAAGUUGGAUAACAAUAAUGUUGAAAGAAAAGUAAAAACAUGGCAUGAAUUUUCAAGACCACAAAUUCAUGGUUAUGAUAUGGUUUGUGUUGAACCUAUCUCUGAAACUAGAUUUGUCAGCGGCGGUGAUGAAAAAAUUCUAAGAUCAUUUGACUUACCAAAGGGUGUAUCGGAUAUUAUUACGAAAUUUGUGGAUAUCAAAUUUACGUCAGAAUCUAAUAUGCCUGAAGCUGCAUCUAUUCCAGCUUUAGGGUUAUCUAACAAGGCUACAACAGAUGACAAUCUUGACGAAAAUGAAGAACAAGAUAAUAAUGAAAGAGAAACUAAUGACAAUAAAAAUAUAUCAUAUGAUCUAGUUUCAGCCCUAGUCACACCCCCACUAGAAGAUCAGUUACAAAGACAUUUACUAUGGCCGGAAAUUGAGAAAUUAUACGGCCAUGGUUACGAAAUUACUAGUGUUGCAGUCUCUUCAGAUCAGCAAUUGAUUGCCUCUUCAUGUAGAUCUAAUAAUAGACAACAUGCUGUUAUUCGUAUGUUUGAUGCAAACACAUGGUUAGAGAUUAAACCGCCUCUAUCAUUUCAUGAUUUAACUAUUACAAGAUUGCAAUUUUCUCAUGACUGUAAGUAUUUAUUAAGUGUUAGUAGAGAUAGAAAACUUGCUGUAUGGGAAAGAAAUUUAGAAAAUAAUGAAUUCACCUUGAAAUAUGAGAAAGAGAAACCACACACUAGGAUUAUUUGGGACUGUGUUUGGGUUCCAAAGGAAUUUGGAAAUUCUUUUAUUACAUGUUCCAGAGACAAAACAAUUAAAAUAUGGGAUUUCAAAAAUGAUGAUUAUGAGUUAAUCAAUUCACAAAAAUUUGAAACUGCGGUUACUGCAGUAGCAGUACAUCAAAGGGUUGUUGAUAGUAAAAUAUUUAUUGCAGCAGGUUUGGAAAAUGGUGACAUUUUCUUGUAUUCCUAUGGUUUAGAAGGUUUUGUUGAAAUUUUGAAACUUGAAAAUAAAAUUACUCCAGGUGAUAGAAUAAACCGUUUAAGAUGGUCUUCUUCUUCACUAAAUAAUAAAAGUCUGUUAGCUUCUGCUAGCGUUGAUCAUUCAGUGCGUGUAUAUUCUUUUGACUUAUUUAAUUAA